AUGCUGCCGGCCACGAGGCCGAGGUGGACUGGGAUGCCCCCCCCUCCCUACCAAUUGCACUCCUCAGGCACCGUCCUGGCCAGUGCCGCAGCCGUGAACGAGCACGGUGGUGUCGAUAUUGACUUCUCCUCAACGAGUCCCGAGGAGCUCGAGCGACUCCUGCCGCCACCCCCCGCUGUUAGGACAGAUGCGCAGCCGCCCCAGGAGUCCACUGGCGGCGGCAGGCGGUGUCCCAUACUCAAUAUCGUAGUUCAGGUCGUCGGCAGCAGGGGCGAUGUACAGCCUUUAAUCGCAUUGGGCACCGCCCUCCAGCGAUACGGCCACCGCGUCCGGCUGGCUAUCCACGACACCUUUGCCGAUUUUGUGCACAAGUCGGGUCUCGAGUUCUAUCCCAUCGGCGGCGACCCCGAGGACCUCAUGGCUUACAUGGUUAAAAACCCCGGCUUGAUCCCUUCUAUGGAGAGCCUGCGCGGCGGCGACAUUGGCCGCAAGCGCAGAAUGAUGCGCGAGAUGCUCCGGGGCUGCUGGCGGUCCUGCGUUGAGCCCGACGAGGUGUCCCACGCACCCUUUGUCGCCGACGCCAUCAUCGCCAACCCUCCCAGCUUUGCCCACGUGCACUGCGCCGAGGCCCUCGGGGUGCCGCUGCACAUGAUGUUCACCAUGCCCUGGACCGCCACCAGGGCCUUCUCGCACCCUCUCGCCAACGUGCGCUCCGCCAACGUGAAUCCGCGCUUGUCCAACUACCUGAGCUACGGUGUUGUCGACCUGAUGACCUGGCAGGGGCUGGGAGACGUCAUUAACGACUGGCGGGUCAAAGACCUGGGCCUCGACCCGCUUGCCGCCGCCGUCGGCCCGGACAUUGUCGCCAUCACCAAGAUCCCCCACACGUACUGCUGGUCGCCCGCGCUUGUCCCCAAGCCCACCGACUGGGGCGACACGGUCGACAUUUGCGGCUUCUUCAUGCGCGACGAGCCGGCCUACGAGCCGCCCCCGGACCUGGCGCGGUUCCUCGCGAGCGGGCCCGAGCCCGUCUACGUGGGCUUCGGGAGCAUCGUGCUGGACGACCCCGCCCGCGUGACCAGGGCCAUUCACGAGGCGUGCCGGCGCCUCGGCGUUAGGGUCAUCAUCUCGCGUGGCUGGAGCAAGCUCGGAGGCGACGACCCGAGUACCGACGACGUUUUCUACCUGGGAGACUGCCCUCACGAGUGGCUCUUCAAGCGCGUCUCCGCCGUUGUCCAUCACGGUGGUGCAGGCACCACCGCGUGCGGGCUGUUCGCAGAGCUGGCUGGAAAGAGGUAG